AUGGAACAGUGGAACAUUGUAAAGGGACCCUUUCCUCUCCCUUUACCUCCCUCACCACCUCCUCUUCCUUUACCUCCCCCGCCCUCUCCUUACCUGCCCACACAUGUCGCCCUGCCAUUCUCUCUCUCUGUCCCCCUCCCUUGCUCUUUAUCCUUCUCCGCCUCCCUUGCUCUCUCUCUCUCUGUCCCCCUCCCCUGCUCUUUAUCCUUCUUCGCCUCCCUUGCUCUCUCUCUAUCUCUGUCCCCCUCCCCUGCUCUUUAUCCUUCUCCGCCUCCCUUGCUCUCUCUAUCUCUGUCCCCCUCCCCUGCUCUUUAUCCUUCUCCGCCUCCCUUGCUCUCUCUCGCUGUCCCCCUCUCUUGCUCUUUAUCCUUCUCUGCCUCCCUUGCUCUCUCUCUCUCUCUGUCCCCCUCCCUUGCUCUUUAUCCUUCUCCGCCUCCCUUGCUCUCUCUCUAUCUCUGUCCCCCUCCCUUGCUCUUUAUCCUUCUCCGCCUCCCUUGCUCUCUCUAUCUCUGUCCCCCUCCCCUGCUCUUUUUCCUUCUCCGCCUCCCUUGCUCUCUCUCGCUGUCCCCCUCCCUUGCUCUCUCUCGCUGUCCCCCUCCCCUGCUCUCUAUCCUUCUCCGCCUCCCUUGCUCUCUCUCUCUCUCUCUGUCCCCCUCCCCUGCUCUUUAUCCUUCUCCGCCUCCCUUGCUCUCUCUCUCUCUCUCUCUCUCUCUCUCUCUCUCUCUCUCUCUCUCUGUCCCCCUCCCUUGCUCUUUAUCCUCCUCCCUUGCUUUCUCUCUCUCUCUGUCCCCCUCCUCUGCUCUUUAUCCUUCUCCGCCUCCCUUGCUCUCUCUUUAUCUCUGUCCCCCUCCCCUGCUCUUUAGCCUUCUCCGCCUCCCUUGCUCUCUCUAUCUCUGUCCCCCUCCCCUGCUCUUUAUCCUUCUCCGCCUCCCUUGCUCUCUCUCUGUCCCCCUCCCAAGAUCUGCACCAUGA